AUGUCAGAACUGAGGUUUGAUGGGCAGACAGUCGUCGUGAGUGGCGCCGGAGGCGGAUUGGGGAAAGCAUACGCUGUAUUCUUUGGGGCACGAGGCGCCAAUGUUGUCGUCAAUGAUCUUGGAGGGUCGUUCAAGGGGGAGGGACAGUCUUCCAAGGCAGCAGAUAUGGUCGUCAACGAGAUCCGAGCAGCUGGCGGUAAAGCUGUAGCUAAUUAUGACAGCGUCGAGAACGGCGAGAAGAUCAUUGAGACAGCGAUCAAAGAGUUUGGCAGGAUAGACAUUCUCUUGAACAAUGCCGGCAUUCUACGAGAUGUCAGCUUUAAGAAUAUGUCUGAUGACGACUGGGAUCUCAUCAUCAAGGUUCAUGUAAAGGGCGCGUACAAAUGUGCCAGAGCUGCGUGGCCACAUUUCCGGAAGCAGAAGUAUGGCCGGGUUAUCAACACAGCGUCUGCUGCAGGCCUGUUCGGAAGCUUCGGUCAAUGCAACUACUCCGCCGCCAAACUCUCUCAAGUCGGUUUCACCGAGACGCUCGCAAAGGAGGGUUAUAAGUACAACAUAAUAUGCAAUGUCAUAGCACCCAUAGCCGCCAGCAGGAUGACACAGACUGUGAUGCCACCAGAUAUCUUGGAAAACCUCAAGCCAGAUUGGGUCAUACCACUCGUUGCUGUGCUUGUGCAUCCUUCGAACAAGCACGAGACAGGAUCGAUCUUCGAGGUGGGAGGAGGACAUAUUGCAAAAUUGCGAUGGGAGCGAGCAAAAGGUGCUCUGCUGAAGACUGGCCCAAGCCUUACCCCAGGAGCAAUCCUGAGACAGUGGAAGAAUGUCAAUGAUUUCUCGGAGCCAAGCUAUCCAAGCGGCGUUGCAGAUUUCAUGAGUCUGCUCGAAGAAGCGCAAAAGCUUGGAGAAAAUGAGCCAGGCGAGCAUAUCGACUACACAGGAAAGGUCGCGGUCGUGACAGGUGGGGGAGCUGGACUUGGUCGCUCGUACUGCCUCCUUUUCGCGAAAUUAGGCGCCUCCGUGGUGGUCAACGACCUUGUCAAUCCUGGUGACGUGGUUCAAGAGAUUCAAAAGAACGGCGGAAAAGCCGUGGGUAAUAAAGCCUCUGCUGAGGACGGAGACGCUGUUAUAAAAGCUGCAAUGGAUGCAUACGGACGAAUCGACAUCCUCGUCAACAAUGCCGGGAUUCUGAGAGACAAAGCUUUUGCUAAUAUGGAAGACAAGAUGUGGGAUCAAGUUAUUGCUGUCCACCUUCGAGGGACCUACAAAACCACCAAGGCCGCAUGGCCAUAUUUCUUGAAGCAGAAAUAUGGACGAAUAGUCAAUACCACGAGCACAAGUGGUAUCUAUGGGAAUUUCGGUCAAGCUAAUUAUGCUGCAGCAAAACUUGGUAUACUUGGUCUCUCACGUGCGCUUGCACGUGAGGGUGCAAAGUACAAUAUCAAUGUCAAUACAAUUGCGCCGAACGCCGGUACGAAUAUGACAAGAAGCAUAAUGCCUGAAGAGAUGGUCCAAGCAUUUAAACCUGAACAGGUAGCACCACUUGUUGUCGCGUUGUGUUCCGAUCAGGUCCCGAAGCCUCCAACAGGAGGCCUAUUCGAAGUAGGCAGCGGCUGGCAUGCGCGGACGAGAUGGCAAAGAAGCGGCGGGCACGGCUUUCCAGUCGAUGUAAAGCUUACUCCUGAGGCCGUAGUGAAGGCGUGGUCGGAUAUUGUCAACUUCGACGACGGAAGGGCAGAUCAUCCGGAGGAUGGCCAAGACGGAUUGAAGAGCAUAAUCAACAACAUGCAAAACAGGAGUAGCGAUGUCAACAAACCAAGAGAGGCAAACACUGACACUCUGGACAAGAUCGAGAAAGCGAAAAAAUUGCACUCCGAGGGAACCAAAUAUAAGUAUGAUGACAAGGAUAUCAUCUUGUAUAACCUUGGGAUUGGCGCCAAGAGGACCGAACUUCCCUUCGUGUAUGAGAACUCGGAUUUCUUUCAGGCACUUCCUACCUUCGGUGUGGUUCCCUACUUCGGCGCUGAGAUACCUUGGAGUAUGAAUGAGGUUCUCCCCAACUUCUCACCCAUGAUGCUUCUCCACGGCGAACAAUACCUUGAGAUUCGCAAAUUCCCCAUACCAACCGCUGCGACACUGGUCAGCUAUCCCAAACUUGUCGAAGUAAUUGACAAGGGCAAGUCCGCCAUCAUGGUAUCCGGGACAACCACGAAGGACGUCGCUACUGGAGAAGAUAUUUUCUACAACGAAUCAUCCGCCGUCAUCCGAGGCAGCGGGAGCUUUGGAGGUCCCAGCAAAGGAGCAGACCGAGGUGCGUCGACCGCAGUGUAUCAGCCUCCAAAAAGGCAACCUGAUGCUGUUGUUGAGGAGGCGACGACCGAAGAGCAAGCUGCUCUCUACCGUUUAAACGGUGAUAGGAAUCCUCUGCACAUCGACCCAGAUUUCUCGAAGAUGGGCGGCUUCAAGACUCCCAUCUUGCACGGCCUGUGCUUCUUCGGUAUCAGCGGCAAGCACGUUUAUCAGUCAUACGGUCCAUUCAAGAACAUCAAGGUCAGGUUUGCAGGGACGGUGCUCCCAGGUCAGAAGCUAAGGACCGAGAUGUGGAAGGAGGGCGGGAAGGUAAUAUUUCAGACCAAGGUAGUGGAGACGGGUAAGUUGUGCAUUGCUGGAGCUGGGGCGGAACUGUUGGGAACUGGGAAAACAACGAAGCUGUGA